AUGCCUCCCAAGAGAGCCGCCGCGACGCAGGCCGCGAAGGAAAACGCGCCUGCCGCCAAAACAACGACAAAGAAGUUGAAGACUACUACCACUGUCACCAAGAAGACGACCGCGAAGGUUGCUAAGAAGGACGACGACGAAGAGCCCAAGGCCGCGCCCAAAACCGCCGCUGCCAAGAAGGCUGCUGCUCCCAAGAAGGCUGCUGCUCCCAAGAAGGCCGCUGCUCCCAAAAAGGCUGCCGCGCCCAAGAAGGCUGCUGCCCCCAAGAAGGCCGCUGCCCCCAAGAAAGCUGCUGCGCCUAAGCAGACUGCUGCUGCUAAGAAGGCUGCCGCGAAGGCCGCUGAGGAUUCCGACAAGGAGAACAGCGUCGCCGGCGCCAAGCGCAAGCGCGAGGAAGAUGAGGAGGAAGAGGAGUCCGCCGAUGAGAAGCAGGCCAACGGCACUCGCCCCCUCAUAAAGAGGGCCAAGACCGACGAAGAUGAAGCCCCGAAGCCCGCGCCCAAGAAGGCCAAGGCCGCACCGAAGCCCAAGCCGGAACCCAAGAAGAAGCCUUUGGGCAAGGUAAUCAACGAGGCACCCACCCAGGUUAUGGACAUCUUUGUCUUUGGCGAGGGUACCUCUGGAGAGCUGGGUCUCGGCAGCAUGAAGUACGAUGGCAAGAAGCCCAUUGACGUCAAGCGGCCCCGCAUCAACCACAACCUCAGCGGCGUCGUCCAGGUCGCUUGCGGCGGCAUGCACGUCGCUGCUCUCACCAAGGACAACAAGAUUCUCACUUGGGGCGUCAACGACCAGGGCGCUCUCGGCCGCGACACGACUUGGGCAGGCGGUCUCCGUGAUGCUGAUGAGGAGUCCGACUCUGAUGAUGACGACGACACUGGCCUCAACCCCAAGGAGAGCACGCCCGGCGAGAUUGACACCACGGACGUUCCCGAGGGUACCACGUGGGUUCAGGUUGUCGCCAGCGACAGCGCCACCUUCGCCUUGACCGCCACCGGUCAUGUUUUCGGAUGGGGUACUUUCAGGUCCAACGAAGGCAUUCUCGGCUUCACCAAAGAUGUCAUGGUCCAGACAACGCCCGCCCUCGUCACCCAGCUCAGCAAGAUCAAGCAGCUUGCCGUUGGCUCCAACCACGUUCUCGCCCUCGACGAGAAGAACAAGGUCUUCGCCUGGGGAGCCGGCCAACAGGGCCAGCUUGGCCGCCGCCUUAUCGAGCGCGACGGAAACGGCGGCCUCUACCCCGCCAGCAUCGGCACGCUUCCCGGACGCGCCAAGGCCGCCAAGAUCGCCUGCGGCUCUUACCACAGCUUCAUCAUCGACACCAAGGGGCGGGUGAUCGCCUGGGGCCUCAACAACUACGCCGAACUCGGAGUCGAGACCGAGGCGGGCACCGACGGCGGCUUCAAUCUCAAGCCUCAGCUGGUCGACUCGCUCAAAGAGUACAAUAUUGUCGACAUCGCCGGCGGCGAGCACCAUUCGCUCGCGGCCAACGACAAGGGCGAGCUGCUCACAUGGGGCCGCAUUGACGGGCACCAGGUCGGCCACCCCUCCGGCUCGUUUACCGAGGAGAACACCAUCUUCGACGAGAAGGACAAGCCCAGAAUCCUGGUCCAGCCCGCUGUUGUCCCCGAGAUCGAGGGCAAGAUCGUCCAUGUUGCUGCUGGCACCGACCACAGCUUCGCCAUCACCGAGGACGGAAAGGUCUACUCGUGGGGCUUCUCAGCCAACUACCAGACUGGUCAAGGUACGACGGACGAUAUUGAGACUCCCACGCUCAUCGACAACUCGGCUAUUCGCGAUCGCAAGAUCAUCUUUGCUGGCGCUGGUGGCCAGUACUCUAUUCUUGGCGCUGAGCCUAAGGAAUAG